CUGAGAACCAUCUCCCAGAUUCAUUACUAGGCGCUUACUGUAAGUUCUCUUCCAUUUACAGUGCAGCUGUUGAUCCGCUCAACAGCAUUCUAUUCAAGCUUCGGCUUUGCCCGAAUCAAAAUGGCGGCCGGAGAUGCUUUGCUAUGCUUGUUGAUUGCUAUUUCAGUAGUUUCAACUACUGCAGAUUCGAUUCAAGGUUGCGGAGGAUUCGUCGAGGCAACUUCGUCUUUGAUAAAGUCGAGGAAGACAACUGAUCCUAAAUUGGACUAUUCUCACAUCACGGUUGAACUUCGUACAGUGGAUGGAUUGGUGAAGGAUAGGACUCAAUGUGCUCCAAAUGGUUACUACUUCAUCCCAGUAUAUGACAAGGGUUCUUUUGUAAUCAGAAUCAAGGGACCAGAAGGGUGGUCAUGGGACCCUGAUAAGGUUCCUGUUGUCAUUGAUCAAGAUGGUUGCAAUGCGAAUGCUGACAUUAAUUUUCGGCUUAAAGGGUUUAUGUUAUCUGGAAGAGUUUUGGGAGCUGUUGGUGGUGAUAGCUGCUCCCUAAAAAAUGGAGGGCCUUCCAAUGUAAAAGUCGAGCUUUUGUCCCUAGAAAAUGAUCUGGUCUCUUCUGCUUACACGUCAUCAGUGGGAAGUUACUCAUUUACAAACAUUAUUCCAGGAAAAUACAAAUUGAAGGCUUCACACGCAGAUUUGAGAGUUGAAGUCAGAGGCUCCUCGGAGGUGGAAUUGGGUUUUGGAAAUGGCAUGGUAGAUGACAUCUUUUUUGUCCCUGGUUAUGAUAUUCAAGGGCUUGUUGUUGCUCAGGGAAAUCCAAUUCUAGGAGUUCAAAUUUAUUUGUAUUCAGAUGAUGUAUUGGAGGUGGAUUGUCUCCAAGGUCCUGGUGAUGCCCCAAGUCAAAAGAAGGCUCUCUGUCAUGCUAUAUCUGAUGCUGAUGGAAAGUUCAUAUUUAAUUCAAUACCUUGUGGGGUUUACAAGCUUUUGCCUUUCUACAAGGGUGAGAAUACAGUAUUUGAUGUUUCACCCUCUUCAGUGUUGGUUUCUGUUGGGCAUAAUCAUGUUACUGUCCCACAAAAAUUUCAGGUCACUGGAUUUUCCGUUGGUGGCCGUGUAAUCGAUGGAAAUGGUGUGGGAGUGGAUGGCGUGAAAAUUAUUGUUGAUGGUAUUGAAAGGUCUGGGACAGACAAGCAAGGGUACUACAAGCUUGACCAGGUUACAUCUAAGCGCUACAUCAUUGCGGCAGAGAAGGAACAUUACAAGUUCAGCAACUUGGACAAUUUCUUGGUUAUGCCUAAUAUGGCUUCAAUUGGAGAUAUUAGAGCUGUCAAAUAUGACAUCUGCGGUGUUGUUAGGAUGGUUACUGGGGACAAGGCAAAGGUAGCCUUGACACAUGGUCCAGAGAAUGUUAAACCUCAAGUGAAACAAACAGAUGAGCAUGGGAAAUUCUGCUUUGAGGUUCCAUCUGGUGAAUACCGUUUAUCUGCCUUGGCGGCUACACCUGAGAGCGCUUCUGGACUUCUUUUCUUGCCUUCUUAUGUUGACGUUGUGGUUGACAGUCCGAUACUGAAUGUUGAAUUUUCUCAGGCACAGGUUGAUAUAUAUGGAACAGUACUCUGCAAGGAUAAAUGUGACUCAUCUACGUUUGUUUCCUUGACAAGAUUGGCUGGUAGAAGUACAGAGGAGAAAAAGACAAUUGGCCUGACUCAUGAGAGUAGUGACUUCAUAUUUCCGAAAGUUUUCCCUGGAAAAUAUAGGCUUGAGGUCCGGCAUAAGUCAAAAACAGACUUGUCUGAGGAGGAUAAAUGGUGCUGGGAGCAGAGUAUCAUUGAUGUGGAUGUGGGAACUGAGGAUGUAAAGGGGGUUGUCUUUGUUCAAAAAGGUUACUGGAUCAAUAUAAUAUCCACACAUGAUGUCGAUGCGUACAUUGAUCAUCCUGAUGCUUCACCUGUAGAUCUACAUGUUAAGAAGGGGUCCCAGCGUAUAUGUGUAGAAUUACCUGGAGUACAUGAGCUCCACUUUGUUAAUUCAUGCAUUUUCUUUGGGGUCUCCUCAGUGAAAUUAGACACAUUGAACCCAUCGCCUAUCUAUCUGAAAGGAGAGAAAUACCUUCUUCGAGGAGAAAUCCAUGUUGACAAAAACUUACAUCAUAGCAUAGAUGAGUUACCCAAGAACAUCAUUGUAGACGUACAUAACAAUGAUGGUGUGGUUUCUGAAGCUACCACUCCUAUACUUAAAUCGGAUGGAAAUGGUCAGAGUUGUGUAGUUUAUGAGUACUCUGUCUGGGCUGAUUUUGGAGAAAGCCUCACCUUUGUUCCUCGGGACUCAAGGAAUACUAAGGAAAAGAUGAUCCUGUUUUAUCCCAGACAGCAUCAAGUUGCAGUGAGCAACGAUGAUUGCCAAUCUUCUGUUCUUCCCUUUUUUGGUCGUCUGGGUUUGUAUGUUGAAGGAUCAGUUUCCCCACCUCUUUCUGGUGUCAAUGUCAGAAUUCUAGCUGCAGAAGAAAGCAAAAAUGCUCCGCUACAGAAAGGUGAAUUAGCAAUGGAAACUGCAACAGGAAUGGAUGGUUUCUUCAUUGGAGGCCCUUUAUAUGAUGAUACGAGUUACAACGUCGAGGCUUCAAAGCCUGGAUAUCAUUUGAAACAACUUGGACCCACUUCCUUUUCAUGUCAGAAGCUUAGUCAAAUUUCUGUACAGAUAUAUUCUGUUGAAAAAGCCAAUGAUCCAUUUCCAUCCGUUCUGUUAUCAUUGAGUGGCGAAGAUGGUUACAGGAAUAAUACAGUUACCAAGGCUGGUGGAUUUUUCCUCUUUGACAGCCUAUUUCCUGGAAGUUUCUACCUGCGUCCUCUGCUGAAGGAAUAUUCCUUCUCACCUCCAGCACAGGCAAUAGAACUUGGUUCUGGUGAGUCCAAAGAGGUAGUUUUCCAGGCUACCCGUGUCGCUUAUAGUGCCAUGGGUACAGUCUCACUGUUACCUGGUCAGCCAAAGGAAGGUGUUUCUGUUGAAGCCCGGUCAGAAUCAGAAGGAUAUUAUGAGGAAACAAUGACAGAUUCUUCAGGAAGAUACAGGCUCAGAGGACUUCUUCCUCAUACAAAUUACGAAAUCAAAGUGGUGGAAAAGGAAAGCCUAGGGAGCACAAGAAUUGAGCGUGUAUCUCCAGAGUCUGUUGUUGUUAAGGUGGGAGCUGAGGAUAUCAAGGGACUUGAUUUUGUGGUAUUUGAACAUCUAGAGUUGACCAUAUUAAGUGGUCAUGUCGAAGGAAGCGGUCUCAAGGAAUUACAACCACAUAUCUUGGUUGAGGUCAAGUCAGCGAGCAACCCUUCUAAGAUUGAAUCUGUUUUCCCACUGCCACUGUCCCACUUCUUCCAGGUGCAGGAUUUGCCUAGGGGCAAGCACCUUGUCCAGCUUCGAUCCAGUCUUCCAUCAUCCACCCACAAAUUCGAAUCUGAAGUUAUUGAGGUCGACUUGGAAAAGCAAGCCCAAAUCCAUGUUGGUCCACUAGGAUUCAAAAUAGAAGAGGAUCAUCACAAACAGGAAUUGACAGUGGCACCAGUAUUGCCUCUUGUUGUUGGGUUGUCCGUGAUUACCCUUUUUAUCAGUAUGCCCAGGUUAAAGGAUUUAUCCCAGGUAAUCUUGGGGGUUGCCUCUUCCACAUCAAAUGGAAAGAAGGAACUUCGUAAGCCAGCAGUGAGAAAGAGAACUUUUUGAAGAUCAUUGGGGUUGUGAUCAAUUCCAGGUGCUUUACUCAUUCUUCCCCCAACUUAAAUUUUUGUACCCCUGACUAGAUAUGCUUUUAUUUAUUUAUUUUAUUUUUGGGGAGGGGGUUAACUCAUCAGUAGAUCAGAUGAGAGUGUGCAAUCGGAAGCUAACAUCCUUUGUUUUAUCCAGAACUCAACUGAUGUAGUUAGCAAAGAAAUGUAGAAGUGAAAAAGCUUGUGGAAAUGUAAUUCCCUUCAAAUUAUUUUA